GGCGGAGAGAGCGCCGCGAUCCUCGUCUCGGCCAGCAGCCUCCGCCCAUUUCGCCUGUCGCCGGCGCUUCCGCUUCCGGUAGCCCCCGGCCGUAAGUGUCCGAGGCACCAGCCAUGGCGAGGAGCCGGCUGGAGACCGUGGGGAGUGUUUUCUCGCGGACUCGGGACCUGAUUCGGGCUGGGGUGUUGAACGAGAAGCCCCUGUGGUUUGACGUAUAUAAUGCCUUUCCCCCACUGAGAGAGCCCGUCUUCCGGAGGCCCCGCUUGCGAUAUGGCAAAGCCAAAGCUGCCAUCCAGGACAUCUUGUACCCCGAGGAUCGGAUUAGAGCGAAAUUUUAUUCAGCCUAUGGAUCUGGUCAGAGAGCUUUUGAUCUGUUCAAUCCAAACUUCAAGUCUACCUGUCAACAGUUUGUGGAGAAGUACAUUGAGCUACAGAAACUUGGAGAAACUGAUGAAGAGAAGUUAUUUGUGGAAACAGGGAAGACUUUAUUAGCAGCAGGUGUCAUUCUGAGAAGAGUAGGAGAAACAAGGACUCAAAAGGAAGGUAGUCACAUUUCCUGGGAAUCUGAACCCACGGGUGUCAAACCUCAAACAGUAUUGGAAAAAAAACAGCCUCUUCAAGAAGUUCCCCAGGAUCAGCGUUUGGAGACAUCUGAAGAACAGCCAAAAGGUCUCUCACCUCCCUGAAGAACUUGUAUUCCAUGUAUACUGACAUCCAGACUGUAUUCACUAAAUGAAUGUUGAACUGUUUUUAACAGUUGAACUGUGUAAAUGUUUCCCAGUCUCUAAGGCAUUAUGUUUGCCUUCUUUUAGUUCCUAUUUCUAGGUUGUCAUAAGCUCAGUUUCAUGGUUUGAAUGAACUUUUAUGUUAGGAUGGUAUUAAAUAAAGAAUUCCCUGACUGCUUAAAAAGUAAAUUUACUUUAAAAUUGUAAAUAGCAUGAGGAAACCUUUAUAAGUAUGGUUUGAAUGGGACACGUUUUGAGUAGGUCUGCUUAGAUUUCUGUGUUAACAUGUGGGUUGGCUAUAUCUGAUUCUCGGUAUCUUUCUCUUUUCUGGCUCCGUCAGGCUUUUACUUGUGCAUAUGGUAUGUCCCCUGGGCCAACUGUUUCUGUCUGUAGAUAAUCUUUACAUUUUACUAUAGAACUAUUGCUUUUCAACUUGAGAGGUCACGCUGACUUGUGCUUUGUGGUAAAAGUGAGAACCUAUCAUUGAUGAUAGACAGAGGUCGAAACUAUAGCUUUAAUCUCAUAGAUGAGGUUGAGGAUGCUGGAGGCAAUUAGCAUAGGCCCGAACCUAGUCUGCUUAGUAAAGAUUUGAAUGAAUAAGUGAUUACAUUCAGCUGAAGACUGAAUUUAGAGGACAUCUGUAGAUAACUGGAUUGCCAGGAGGAGGCCAGCUCAUUUAGAUGCUGUUCUCCCCCGGCAUCCACCUGCCUCCUGGUGUGGAGAUGUGCUCAUGAGACCUUACCAACUGUUCUGCUUUCUUCAUUUUCAUAUCUUCUCCUGAAUAAAUGACAUCUUCUUCUAA